CUGCAUUCACUCGACCGAACAGAGCCAAAGCGAGCGGUACAUUUAACGGAACACACACGGAUCGGUAGAUCGGUGGACACAUCGAAAAUAAAGCAAAGAUCUCUCGCGUGUGAUCGAAAAGAUCUUUUGGUACUCAAAGUUUUUAGGAAAGAGAAAGAGAAAGAAAAAUGAUAAAAAGUGAAGAAGUGUCCGAUCUGAAUGGUCGCUCGGCCAUGAGUGUGGACCAGCUGGGUGGUGAUGGCUCCGGCUCCGUCUCCGGCUCCUACUACCACCAGCAUGCAUUCACCCACCCACAUCCGCACCAUUCACAUCCUCCCAGCCAUUCCGUGCAUCUGUAUCGCACGGGAAAUCUGCUGCCCCCCGGCGGUGGCUAUCAGACGGGCAUGGUCGGCGGCGGCGGGGAGUCGCCCACGGAGAUGAUCGAUGAGAAGCCAAAUAUCGAGUAUAUGGAGCGCAAGUACUAUAUGGAUGCCAGUGGCAUGGCCACGCCCACCUCCCAGCACUACAGCCUGAAUGCGCUGCACAGCAUGGGAACGCCGCCGGCUUCGUCGAGUCCCAUUCCCCCAUACGGUGCACUGAUGACGGCCCACUCCCAUUCUGCGGGUUCCGUGUCGCCGAAUUCCAGCUCGAAGACGCCCACGGAUCAGGAGAUGCAGUACGUGAGCUCCUCGUCGGUGAAGGCGCCGCCGUUGCAGCUGCAACUGCAGCCGAUGAACCACCAGUACACCUCGACCAUUAAGUACUGUUCGAACAACACCAUCCUCAGUGCCAAUGAUUACCAGCUGCUGACCAGCCACGAGGUGGAUCCACAGCCACAGUUGCAGCACCACCACCACCCACAGCAGCAGCAGCAACAGCAACAGCAGCACCAAGAGCAUCAUGAGCAUCACGAGCAUCAGGAGCAGCACUCGCCACCAGGUGGUGUCUACAUGCCACGAAUCUCUGCCUCGCCCACGCAGGUCAUCACCAAUGCGCACGGGUUGUCCGUUCGGAACUACUCCAGCGCCAGCUCCUCGCCAGCCAAGUCGCUCAAUGGCUCUGAUUCCUCGCCACCAGCACCAGCCUCCAGUCAGAGUUCACAGGGCAAAUCGGGCGGUGCGAAAACCCAAGAUAUAGUCACACCGGAUACCACUAAGAAGUCCGGAACUCGUCGUCCGGAGAAACCUGCUCUGAGUUACAUCAAUAUGAUUGGACAUGCCAUCAAGGAGUCGCCCUCGGGAAAGCUUACACUCUCGGAGAUCUAUGGGUACUUGCAGAAGAGCUACGAGUUCUUCAACGGACCCUACGUCGGAUGGAAGAACUCGGUGCGUCAUAAUCUCAGCCUGAACGAGUGCUUCAAGAAGCUGCCCAAGGGCAUGGGCGUCGGAAAGCCAGGAAAAGGCAACUACUGGACAAUCGAUGAGAACUCGGCCCACUUGUUCGAGGACGAGGGUAGCCUGAGGCGUCGUCCGCGUGGAUAUCGCUCCAAGAUCAAGGUCAAGUCGUAUGCAGGUCAUGCGAAUGGCUUCUACGCCGGCAGCUAUGGAGAUGCGGGAAUGGACAAUGCCAACUUCUAUGCCUCGUCUGCCUAUGCCAGCUAUGACUACAGUCCUGGCCCCAAUGGCGUCUCUCCGGCUGCCCCUCAAGGUUUCGGCGAUGCCUGGAAUGUGCAUGCCGCCCACAGUGGCUCCCCGGGUGUGGGCGUUGGCGGUCUGCCCCAGUACUCGAACAUCUCCUGCCUGACGGGGGGCAACAAUUUGAAUGGAUCUUCCACCCCACCAAUGGCCCACUCUGCCCUCGGUAUGAGCUCCGGGCCAGGCUCCUCUCCAGCUGGAUCUGUGGCGGCGCUUCAAAGUGAUUAUGCGCCAGCCGCCAGUCUCGUGGCUGCGGGCUAUUCCUAUGCAACAAGUGGCAGUGCCUUGGAUAACGGUCUCCGCUCCCUAUCGCUACAGCAGCUUCCCGGCCUGUCCACCAUCCAGCACGCUCAGGCGCAGGCCCAUGCUCAGGCGCAGGCGCAGCACCACCAUCAGCACCAGCAUCAUCACCAUCAUCAUCAUGGAUCCAUGACGCCACCGCCAUCGCAGUCGGGUAACCAUGUAAUCGAACACUCGCCCAUUGAUCGCAAACCGGUUUACCUGCCGCCCAUAACUCCGCCCCCCACAUCGGUGGCAGUCAAUGGCGGUGGUGGUGGCGGUGGCUACUACGAUGCCCUCAAGUAUACCAAUUAGCCAAAGGCACGACCCAAUGUGGUACUACCACAUUAACGAUCGUGUCAGCAUUAUUACCUCAAAGGAUAAUCAGUUUAGUUAGGCUCUAAGUAGAGGCAGACAAAAGAUAGUUGCAUAGUGCGUAUAUCAGAAAUUAUGAGUAAAUAUUUAAUUUUACGAGUAUGAUAAAUGUAGC